CCCCGGCCCCGGUCCCCGCCCGCCCGCCGACUCCGUCUCCGCCGAGGGGAAGCCGGGCGGUGCUGGCCGUCGGGGGCCUCCGCGCUCCGCCGCCUGGGAAACUUCAGCCCCUUGCCGGGGAGCACCCACCCCCCCACACACACCCCCCACCCCGAGGGCCUGCCUCGGGGAAGGAAAGCGGUCCCUUCCACGGCAGCAGGAUGGUGCGAACCAUGAGACCCGACGACAUCAACCCCCGGACGGGGCUGGUGGUGGCUCUGGUCAGCGUCUUCCUGGUGUUUGGCUUCAUGUUCACCGUGUCCGGCAUCAAGGGAGAGACCCUGGGGGACAUCCCGCUGCUGGCCAUCGGGCCGGCCAUCUGCCUGCCAGGCAUCGCUGCCAUCGCCCUCACCAGAAAGACCGACGGCUGCACCAAGUGGCCCAAGAACAAGUGUCCGUGCUGCAAGCAAGUCACAGACAGGGAUGUCAUGGAGCUGCUGAGGACACCCUCGGACCUGGAGUCUGGCAAGGGGAGCUGUGACGAGCUGGCCAAGAGAGUGUACCAGAAGGACAGAAGAGUGCUGCGGGGUGAGGACACCGUGUCCAUCUGCACCACCACCACCACCACCACCAUGGGAGAAUGCAAGAGCCUCAUCAGGAAGGUGGAGCAGGAGGAGAUGCUGAGAUACCUGGAGACCUGUUACCCAAAGAUGCCGGGGAAUGUGUUCGUGGGAGAUGGCUCCACGUACAGUGCCUUGGAGGCGAAGAGCUCUUCUCCCACCAGAGAAAAUGCAGCUUGCCCUGACAUUGAAGACAACAUUUUUGUUGCUCCUAAAGACAGUAUCAUUGUCUGCUCUUACAAAGAGAACAGCCCCUAUGACAGAUACUGUUGUUACAUAAACCCUACUGGAGUCAACUCGGACCAGGAGACCAUAGUGUGAAAGAUGCAUAUUUUAUAUAUAUUUUCAAAAUGUGCAUGUGAAGCCCUUUCUGCAGCUGGUGAAAAGUGGCAGAGUUAUACCGGGG